AUGGAUAAUAAUAAUCAACAUAUAGAUAAUCUAUUUAGACUUAUUAUUAUAAAGAAUCAAUAUACAAGACAAAAAAUAUUCAACCAUGUCAGUAUCAUUCAUCAACAGUUGAAUAUACCUAUUGUCAAAUACCAACACAUCAAAUGUAGUCUCUACACUCUGAUUCAAUACAACUUUACAAAUACAUUCAUAAAACAUUUUAAAAGAGUGUACGAUCAAUUGAAAUCAUAUCUAUCACCAACCAGACACAAAAGUUAUAAUGAUUUCGAUAUGUUAAAUUAUAUAUUGGAUAUUGUACUAGUUAGCAAUAAUACAAGAGCAUUGACAUUUAUGCUUGAUCAAGUUAAACUUUCAAAUAGUACAUCGACUACAUUGAGUAUAGAUUGUACUUUACAAAAAUAUGGUAGAGUAUAUAGUACCAAUCCAUCAUACUCUUUUACCUUGGAGACUGUCAAGAUUCUAUUGGAUAGUGGUAUCAAGAUCACCAACUCUUACUAUUCAACUGCAAUGAUUGAAACAUUAAUAUCAAAUGGUCAAAUAGAGAUAUUAAAGACUAGAAUAACAACCGACCAACUCAGACGCUACAAUCCAACUAGUCGGCACAAGUGUCUUGACCGGUUGGUUGAAAAUAAACAGAGUGUAUUAGAGACUCUCAAUUUCUUGGCCACCAACAAUAUUUUACUUCAUAGUGACCAAUCCAUGGUUCAAUCUAUUGUCAGCAAUAACAACAACCCUAUCCCUUCAACUACAGUCGUAUCAACAAGUAGUAAUAGAAAUCUUUUGGAUUUAAAACUCAACCAUGGAUAUAAAAUAAUGAGCAGUUGGAUUGACGAUGACUCUCCAUCUUCUACUGGUGACUGGAUAAAACACUAUUUCAGUGGACUAUUACACAACAACGAAACAAUCAUACAACAAUGUCAAGACUAUUUCUCAAGUCAAUCCCCUGCAUCAAUAGCAAACAGAUUUUCGUCUAUUUGGUGA